CUAGCAGCCAAAAAUCGACAUCCUUUCUUUGCCAUCCAAAAACCCUCAAACAACAAUGUUGAUAAUUUAAGCCAAAGAAUCCGCCUCCAUCUCCUCCUCAUGUCUUCUUCUCUCCAUUGACGAGUUUCAGACAAACCUUUUUCAAGAUUUCUUCGAGUUUUCCUCUUCUUACUGGACAUGGCUUUAGACCCAACUUCCUGUUUGAUGAUUGAUGACGACAUUCUGAACUUUUCUUUGGAUGGUGAAGACGAAGACCUAGACGAUAAACACAACACCACCAAACCCCCUUCUUCUUCCAUGGACUUUUCAAAAACUAACAGUCAAGAACCAGAUGAUUGCAGCGGUUCAUUUCCUGAAUUUGCAGAAGAAGAACUUGAAUGGUUGUCAAACAAGGAUGCAUUUCCCGCACUUGAAACAUGUUUUGACAUUAUCACAAAUCCAAACCCAAACCCGAUUGUCAUGGUGGUUGAUCACCUGAGCCCAGUUUCUGUUCUUGAAAACAGCGCCAGUAGCAGCCAUAGCAACACCAACAGCAACAGCAACAGCACCAUUACAAACUGUUGUGGCAGCCUUCAUGUUCCAAUAAGUUAUCCGGUCAAAAAGCGGUCAAAGCGCAGGCGAAAAAGAAGAAAAGGUUUCCCGGAGUUGCCAAGCGAGCAAUGCUGGUGGUGGAAUCAAGAAAACAUGAAAAAACAAGAUUUGCUUCCACCACCACCACAACCACCAACUGCCGCCACGGGCAUUGGAAGAAGGUGUCAGCAUUGCUUAGCUGAGAAAACCCCACAAUGGCGGGCAGGUCCGAUGGGUCCCAAGACUUUGUGCAAUGCAUGUGGGGUCCGGUAUAAGUCCGGGCGGUUGGUGCCCGAGUACCGCCCGGCGAGCAGCCCGACUUUUUCAAGUGUGAAGCAUUCGAAUUCACACAGGAAGAUUAUGGAGAUGAGAAAGCAUAGUAAUGAUGGAGGGAAGAAAGGUUUUGGAUAUGGUGUUGGAUAGGUGUUUGGGG